AUUUCAGUACACUGCGGCUCAGGCUCCAGAAUUUGCUAGAACCACCACAGCAACAGCCGCCCUACCCGAGCUCCUGAUUGGACGGCGCAAUUGUUUGUUUGACCAGCGAUUGGUUGCCGUGUUACAAAUGGAUCUUGUAAAACAUACAGGCGGCUGCCACUGCGGGGCUGUUAGAUUUGAAGUCUGGGGUUCCCCAGACCUCCAUGUUUUCCAUUGCAACUGUAGCAUUUGCACAAAGAAACAGAAUCAUCAUUUCAUUGUUCCAAAAAAUCAGUUCACACUCUUACAGGGGUUGGAUAAUCUGACCACAUACACAUUUAACACUCAUGCUGCUAAACACACCUUCUGUAAAACCUGCGGAGUUCAAAGUUUCUACACCCCACGCUCCAACCCUGAUGGAUAUGGUGUGGCUCCACACUGUCUGGAUCCAGGCACUGUGUGCAGUGUCACAGUGGAGAAGUUCUGUGGGGAGAAGUGGGAGGAAAGCAUGCAAGCUCACAAAAGCAUCAGAGACAUGUCUAAACCUGCAUCAGACACAGCUGAGAGAAACAAAGCAACACCACCGUGAUACAAGAAUCAAACAGUUUUUAAUCAGUAGUAGUACACCAGAAAUAUUGUACAGUAUUUUCAACUAUCUGUGAAUGAAAAGCCUGGAAAAAAGGCUGCUCCCCAAUCGAUUCAAACCCUAGUGUUGUUUUUAUACAGUGUAAUGACUGAUAAUGAUAAAGACACUUCUAUAACAAAAAGGAA